GGCAACGCGGGGAAGAUGGCGGCGCUGGUGGCGGCGGAGGCCGCGGGGUCCGGGGGCCCGGCCGAGGCGGCUGAGGCGGCGGAGCUGAGCCGCGCCCUGAGUCGCUUGCUGCCCGGGCUGGAGGCCGACAGCAAGCUGAGCCGGCGGCGCGCGCUGGAGGCGCUGCAGCGCCUGCUGGAGGCGGCGCAGCCCGAGGCGCCCGACGCCGACCCGGCCGCCGCGGCGGCCGCCUUCCAGGGCCCGUGGGCGCGCCUGCUGCUGCCGCGCCUGCUACGCUGCCUGGCCGACCCGGCCGAGGGCUGCCGCGCGCUGGCCGCGCACCUGCUCAGCCUGGGCCUGCGCCGCGCCGCGCGGCCCCACGACGCCCUGCCACGCCUGCUGCCCGCGCUGGCCGCGCGCCUGACCGGCCCCGAGGCCGCGCGCCGCCCGCCCGAGGCGUGUGAGGAGCUGCGCUUGGCGCUCGUACAGCUGCUCAGCCUGGCCGUGGGCCUGGGCGGCGCCGCGCUCGCGCCCUACCUGGACGACGUGGUGCGCGUGCUCCGCUGCACGCUGCUCGACCCUUUCGCCGCCGUGCGCCGCGAGAGCUGCGAGUGCGCCGCCCGCCUGGCACGCGCCACCCCAGACCACUUCCACAUGCAGUCGGAGUCUUUGAUUGGCCCACUGAUGCAGACCAUCUCCCACCAGCACUGGAAGGUGCGGGUGGCCGUCAUCGAGGCCACGGGCACAGUGAUCCAGUUCGGCAGCGGGAAGUCGGUGGACGACGUGCUUAGUCACUUUGCUCAGCGGCUCUUUGAUGAUGUUCCCCAGGUCCGACAGGCGGUGACAUGUGUAGUGGGGGGCUGGCUGCUGAAUCUGCGGGACCGGUAUUCCUUCUUUCACAAGCUCAUCCCGCUGUUGCUGAGCAGUUUCGACGACGAAAUACCAGAAAUCACGCGUGCCGCUGCCAGCCUCUGGGAGCAGGUCGGCCUGCAGUGGCAGAAGGAGAACGAGGAGGACCUCAAGGACAAGCUCGACUUCGCCUCUCCCCCACCAGCCCAUCACCCCUCUCCAGAGAAUCGCCCGGUGUUGGGCUGUCGGGAGCUCGUCUUCAGAAACCUCUCCAAGAUCCUUCCCGCCAUCUGUCAUGACAUCACCGACUGGGUGCCGGGGACCAGAGUGAAGUCUGCGCAGCUGCUAGCAGUGCUCCUGCUUCACGCAGAAGACCACGUCACACAGCACCUGGAACUCCUCCUCAGAGCCCUGCUUCGUGCGUGUGCCGACGAGGAGAGGGCCGUGGUCAGCAGCUGUACAAGGUCUGCAGAGCUCAUCGGGACGUUCGUCAGCCCUGAAGUAUUUCUGAAGUUGAUCUUGUCGAUACUGAAAAAGUCGCCCUCCCCCUCCAGCCUCCUCAUCUUGGCUUCGGUCAUCCGAGGCUGCCCAAGGGAAGCCCUCCAGCCACACCUGAAGGUCAUCGCCACAGAGCUGGCCCAGGCUCACAUCUCUCAAGGGUCUGAGAACCACCUCUACGGGGAGCACCUGCUGCUCUGCGUGCAAGCUUUGAUUGCAGUGUGCCAGGAGGACUGCAGAGGGUCCAGCCUGCAGCUCAUGAAAGUGCUGGUGACCGUAAUGGCCUUCUCGGGUGCCACGGGCCUUGGUGACAAGGUCCGGGAGACCAUGGACGCGCUGGCUGCCGUGGAGAGUGUUGACAGCAGCCAGGACCUCUUCCGAGAGCACGUGGGCCCUCUCAUGGAGUGGCUGGCCGGAUCACACCACGACUGGACUGUCCACUCUGUGGAGCUCCUGCAGUUUAACGUGGUGGUCACCCACUCAGGUCCAGCCCUCGGAGAAGCGCUGCCCCACCUCAUCCCCAUUCUCAGGAGCUGCCUCCAGCCGGCCCGCGACCCAGCCAUGCGCCUGAAGCUCUUCUCCAUCCUUUCGGGGGUGCUGCUGAGGGCCAAGGAGACAGUCGACUCCCAGGGGCAGUUUCACAGUUACCUUGACACCAUGAUGAAGGACAUCUUGGUCCCCAAUCUGCAGUGGCAUGCGGGGAGGACAGCCGCAGCCAUCCGCACGGCCGCCGUGUCUUGCCUCUGGGCGCUUAUCAGCAGCGAGAGCCUGUUGGCCAAACAGAUACAGGAAGUGCAGGAAACACUGAUGCCUCAGAUUCUAACCACCCUGGAAGAAGAUUCUCAGAUGACUCGACUGAUUUCAUGCCGAAUUAUUAACAUGUUUUUAAAAACCUCUGGUGGUGUGGUUGAUCCAGAUAAACUCAUCAAGGUCUAUCCUGAACUCCUGAAGCGACUGGAUGACGUUUCCAAUGAAGUGAGGCUAGCAGCUGCCUCCACCUUGGUCACCUGGCUGCAGUGUGUUGGGAACAACGAUGGGAAGUCUUACUACCAGAGUAACAUUCAUUACCUGUACAAGGAACUCCUCGUCUACCUCGAUGACCCAGAGAGCGCCGUCCAGGACGCAGUUUUAGAGGUCCUAAAAGCUGGCAGUGCCCUAUUUCCUGACCUCCUGGUGAGGGAGACGGAGGCCGUCAUCCACAAGCAUCGCUCUCCUGCCUACUGUGAGCAGCUCCUGCAGCACGUACAGGCCUUGCCGCCUGCUCAGUGACCAGCGUCUGGGAGCAGAGCCUUCAGUGCAGCAGCUGGACGUCCUUGUCCUCACCUGGAUGGGAUUUGUGGCCUUUAAACCUCGUAACAGGGCACCUUUUGUCAACAGCCUAGGACACUCACAAGCAAGACUUGGACAGCAAGAAGAAUGUAUUCCCUAAGAAACAUGCCCUGGAUUCUCCUGGGACGGUUUUUCAAACCCAGCCAUUUCUGAAAUUACAUUCACUGAGUGGCUUCUAUAUUUUUAUGUCUUAUUUAUACAGUUCAUUGAGAAGUCUGCCAAAAAUCUCCAGCUGAUUUGAAAUUAAAACUGGAUGUCAACUAA